AUGCUCUUCUUCUCCUUUUUCAAGACUCUUGUAGACCAAGAAGUGGUCGUAGAGCUAAAAAACGACAUUGAAAUAAAAGGUACACUGCAAUCUGUAGACCAGUUCUUAAACCUGAAACUAGAUAAUAUAUCAUGCACAGAUGAGAAGAAAUAUCCGCAUUUAGGUUCCGUAAGGAAUAUCUUCAUAAGAGGUUCCACAGUUAGAUAUGUCUACCUCAAUAAGAACAUGGUGGAUACGAAUUUACUGCAAGACGCCACCAGAAGGGAGGUAAUGACCGAAAGAAAGUGA